AUGGCACUGUCCAAGAGUCGCAGGAUACAGAUCCUGCUUGCAAUCGACGGAAUCUUCUUCUUGAUCGAGUUGAUCAUCGGAUACGCGGUGCACUCGCUCGCUCUGGUGGCCGACUCUUUUCACAUGCUCAACGACGUGCUUUCGCUGUGCGUUGGUCUGUGGGCUGUCAAAGUGGCAAACUCCAAGCAGCGCAGCAAGAUGUACACGUAUGGCUGGCAGCGAGCCGAGACUCUAGGAGCUCUAGUCAAUGGCGUCUUCCUCGUCGCUUUGUGUCUGUCCAUCUUCCUUGAGGCCAUACAACGAUUCUUCGAGCCGCAGGAGGUGUCACAUCCACAGCUGAUCCUGAUAGUCGGAUGCUUUGGCCUUGCCUCGAAUAUCUUAGGCCUGUUCUUGUUUCACGAUCACUCGCACGGCGGACACGGUCACUCCCACGGCCACUCGCACGGCUCUGACGAGAUUGCGGAUGCUGAAGAAGGCCAUGCGCACAACCACAGCAGCCAAAGUCACUUUCACGAUACAGAAAGCACGGUUGUGGCAGAUGAGCGUGGUAACGUGGCAGAUGUGCUGCCACAAUCCCAAGUAGGAAAUUGGUCGACGGCAUCUCCUGCGGAAACCAAGAAACAUGUUAGCUAUGGCAGCUUGACUCCAAGGACGGAGGGCAUAUCGUUCAAGAAUGCAUCUUCUCCCUCGGCGACCUCACGUAGAGCUCGAAGACGUAGCCGAUCCCUUUCACGAGGAUACGCAAACAUCAACGAAAUGCCGAUACAUCCAGCUUCGUUCCGCAACGAGAUCAUCGCCGCAUCCAGACUAGAAGACAUACAGUCAGGCAGCAGCACGGACACAGAUGGCGAGAACGAAGAGGCCAUAGAAGACGAAGGCGAUGAUGACCAUGGCCCCACAGAGGGAUCGCCGCUCCUGGGCAAGAAGAGCAACGUGAUUUCGAAGCGCAGCACUCGAGGCCGACGGAGGAAUCAUCGAAACUCGCUUUCAAAUGGCGCACUACACUCCUCACACAAUCACAACAAACCAAAGAAGAGCUCGGAGGAUGGCGGUGCUCACGGGCACAGCCAUGCCGACUUGAAUAUGCGAGGUGUUUUCCUCCACGUUCUGGGAGACGCUCUAGGAAACGUGGGCGUCAUUGCUUCUGCCCUUUUCAUCUGGCUCACGGAUUUCUCUUGGAGAUUUUAUUCCGAUCCUGUCAUCUCCCUCAUCAUCACGGUCAUCAUUCUCGGCUCGGCUAUUCCUCUUUGCAAAGCUGCCUCGCGUAUCUUGCUACAAGCCGUCCCAGCCGGCCUCUCAAUUGAUGACAUUAAGCAGGAUAUUACGGACCUUCCCGACGUGGUCUCAUGUCACCAUCUUCAUGUCUGGCAGCUGUCCGAUACAAAAUUGGUCGCCUCCUUGCACGUUCAAGUCGCCUUCGAAUUCAAAGGAGAAGGUAGCCAGCGCUACAUGCAAUUAGCGAGGCAAAUUCGCAAGUGUUUGCACGCAUAUGGUAUCCAUUCAUCGACCAUUCAACCCGAGUUCUGCUGCGAAGCCACGCAUGGUCAUCGCAUGAUCGAGCGCGCGAUCCAGCAUAGGGAUGACGACGAAGAUAGCUGCGAUCAGAGCCAUUCUGGUGCAGAUGAUGACUAUGGAUGUCUACUCGACUGCGACGACGAAUGUGGAGACGGCGGCAUGUGCUGUCCUGUCGGGUCCAAGAAGGGCUGCGCCGGCGGUAAGGCCGGUGGAAAGUCGAUCGAGAACGGCAAUGGCAAGAGUCAUGACCACGAUCAUGAUCACGCACAUUAG